CAUCGAGCUUUCUGCCGAGGGCCGCCCAGAGCUUGUGGAGGAGAAGGAGAUGCCCGUGGUGGACUGCACCUGCUUCGGCCUUCCCCGUCGCUACAUCAUCGCCAUCCUCUCAGGCCUGGGCUUCUGCAUCUCCUUCGGCAUCCGCUGCAACCUGGGCGUGGCCAUCGUCAGCAUGGUCAACGACCACACCGUCUGGAAGGGUAACAAGGAGGUCCUGGUGGCAGCACAGUUCAGCUGGGAUCCAGAGACCGUGGGGAUGAUCCACGGGUCCUUCUUCUGGGGAUACAUCGUCACACAGAUUCCCGGAGGUUUUAUAUGUCAGAAAUAUAAAGCUAACAACGUGUUUGGCUUCGCCAUAGUGGCCACAUCCACUCUCAACAUGCUGAUUCCAUCUGCUGCUCGUACACACUACAGCUGUGUCAUACUAGUCAGGAUAUGCCAAGGCCUCGUCGAGGGCGUAUCUUACCCAGCAUGCCAUGGGAUCUGGGCCAAAUGGCCCCCUCUAGAGAGAAGUCGACUGGCCACAACAGCAUUCUGUGGUUCCUAUGCGGGAGCUGUGGUAGCCAUGCCUCUUGCUGGGGUGUUGGUUCAGUAUGUAGGGUGGCCUUCAGUCUUCUACGUCUAUGGCAGUUUUGGGAUAGCAUGGUAUCUCUUCUGGAUCCUGGUGUCGUAUGAAAGCCCGGCAGCCCACCCCACUAUCACCCCUGAGGAGAGGAAGUACAUUGAGGAAGCCAUCGGAGAGUCAGCAGGUUUUGCCAAUCCUCUACAGAAAUUCAAAACCCCAUGGAGAGCAUUCUUCACGUCCAUGCCGGUGUACGCCAUUAUCGUAGCCAACUUCUGCAGGAGCUGGACUUUCUACCUGCUUCUCAUCAGCCAGCCGGCCUACUUUGAGGAAGUGUUUGGCUUUGAGAUCAGCAAGGUGGGGAUGGUGUCGGCCUUGCCACAUCUGGUGAUGACCAUCAUUGUGCCCAUCGGGGGACAGCUGGCCGACUACCUUAGAACACGCAACAUUAUGACCACCACGAACGUCAGGAAGCUCAUGAACUGUGGAGGGUUUGGAAUGGAGGCCACAUUCUUGCUGGUGGUGGGAUACUCUCACACCAAGGUCAUGGCCAUCUCCUUUUUACUGAGUCAUCGCUGUGGGCUUCUGAGUAACGGAUUUGCCAUCUCAGGUUUCAACGUGAAUCACUUGGAUAUUGCCCCCCGCUAUGCCAGCAUUUUGAUGGGCAUUUCCAACGGAGUGGGCACCUUGUCGGGAAUGGUGUGCCCUCUUAUAGUGGGCGCCAUGACCAAACACAAGUCGCGUGAAGAUUGGCAGGGUGUCUUCCUCAUCGCUUCAGUUGUUCACUAUGGUGGAGUGAUUUUCUAUGGAAUCUUUGCGUCAGGGGAGAAGCAGCCGUGGGCGGACCAGGAGGACACCAGCGAUGAGAAGUGUGGCAUCAUCGACGAGGACGAACUGGCCAAUGAGACGGAAGAGAUGUACCGCACUGGCGCAAUAAAUCAGGAGGACACCAAUAUAAAAUGA